ACCACCCCGAAGCAGCCGAACAUUGUCCUCAUCCUGACAGACGAUCAAGAUAACUGGUCAUCACUCGACUAUAUGCCAUUGCUCCAGAAACAUAUUGCCGAUCAAGGCACGACUUUUAAUCAGCACUACUGCACCGUUGCCAUCUGCUGUCCCAGUAGAGUCAAUAUCUGGACGGGUCAGGCAGCUCACAAUACGAAUGUGACCGACUUAUUUCCUCCAUACGGGGGCUAUCCAGUUUUUGUCAAGAACGGCCUCAACGAGAAUUGGCUUCCGGUCUGGCUGCAGGCAGAAGGCUACAACACGUAUUACACAGGAAAACUGUUCAACUCGCAUAGUGUACACAACCACAGGAAUCCGCCCGUCAACGGCUUCAACGGGUCCGACUUUCUUCUCGACCCCUAUACAUACUCGUAUUGGAAAUCUCAAAUGAGUCGCAACCAUGCCGAUCCCGUCAGCUAUGAAGGCCAAUACUCCCCUGACGUGGUCGCCGAGAAGACGUAUGGCUGGCUGGACGAGGCAGCCUCGCACCAUGAUCGGCCGUUCUUCAUCGUUGCAGCGCCCAUUGCACCGCACAGCGACCAGGAUCCCGAAGCGCGCGGCGUCAUGACAGCCCCUCAGUAUGCCCCACGACAUGCGCACCUAUUUCAGGACUAUCAGAUCCCUCGCACGGCCAACUUCAAUCCCGAGGCGGCUUCGGGCGUCAGUUGGGUCAAGAAUCUGGCCCCGUUGAAUGCGACUGUGGUGGAGUACAACGAUGAGUACCAGAGAAGCAGACUUCGUGCUCUGCAGUCAGUCGACGAGAUGGUCGAGCAGAUUGUAGAGCGUCUCGACAGCCACGGUCUGCUCGACACCACAUACAUCAUCUACACCACUGACAAUGGCUACCACAUCUCUCAACAUCGUCUGCCACCAGGCAAGGAAUGUCCCUUUGAGACCGACAUCAACGUUCCACUCCUAAUACGAGGGCCGGGCGUCCCACGUGGCCAGGUCGCUGGCAUCGUCAGUUCCCACACGGACCUAGCUCCCACCAUCUUGAAGCUCGCUGGUCAAAAUCGACCCGAUCUCGAUGGUACUCCCAUACCAUUAUCAUCGACGGAAGCAGAGCAGCUGAUGAAACCAGCGACAUCCGGAGAGCACGUCAAUAUCGAAUUCUGGGGCCGUGCUCUACCCGAAGGACAAUACGGCAAACUCGGCGACGAUCCUCUUCUCCCGGGUUACCCUCGUGUAUCGGCACGGAAUAACACGUACAAAGCCCUUCGAAUCGUCGCAGCCGAAUACAGUUUCCUCUACACUGUCUGGUGCACAGGCGAGCGAGAACUCUACAACAUGCAUAAAGACCCCGAUCAGAUUCACAAUCUUUUCCAAAAUCACCACCUUCUUGACAUGUCGCCCGCUAAACAACACCACCACCAACAGAUUCUCGCAGACCGCACUCUCCACCAACUCUCCACCCGCCUCGACACCUUACUCCUCGUCCUCAAAACCUGCAAAUCCCACACCUGUCGCAAACCCUGGGAGACAUUACAUCCCAACGGAAACGUCCAAACUCUCCAAGACGCGCUCCAAUCGCAAUAUGAUGAAUUUUACGCCUCGCAACCUCGCGUGGAAUUUUCUUCUUGUCCGUUGGGGUAUUUGGUUGAUGAGGAAGGGCCGCAAUUGGUGAAUGUUUGGAAUGAGGAGGAUAGG